AUGUAUAAAGGCAUACAACUUGAUUACGUAGAGAUUGACGGUAAGAGGAUUGCAAAUGCCCCAGCAGGUAAACACUGCGAUCCAAGCAAAGACUGCUGGCAAGAAGUCAAAAAAACCCAAUAUUUCAUCGCUAUGGGCCCUCUGAAAGAACCGCACGCUUCAGUAUCUGUGCAGCGUACCCCCGGUGAUAGCGGAAAUCCAUAUAUCUUCUUGUACAAGAAAUCUAGUGCGAAGGCCCCGACUUUCCCGAAUAACGUUAAACCUCAUUAUGUGCACAAUGCCGCUGAAAAUGAGGUCAUCCAACACUACGCAGUAUUUACGAACGAACCAGGGAAAGUAACCUGGACUGGGCCUAUCACCACGGAGAAGAAAGACAAGAGUAUGAUUACUUUGUAUGGCUUGACCGGACUGAAAAAGGAGGACCAGGUGCUUUUCACUGGACGCUUGGAAAAUCAAGAACGAAAAAUGCUGAUCAAGUAUAAAAAUGGAAAAACGUACAAUGUGAGGAUAAUACCAAUUCCUAUGGCCGGCAAGACAUCGGUGUCGUUCAUUGAUAACGCCAAGGGGUCCACGCCUGCCGAAGAGCCGGUGCCAAAAGAUCGCACUGCCCAGAUAGCGGGUCAAAAUACCGUUCGUGUGCUCUGGAAGCCUCCAGCGGAUACAAGUCAAUGCGGAAACAAGUAUCUUGUCAUCGUCAAAAACGAAACAUUCCAGGACAAGGCUACGGUGACGGACACAAAAUACGUUUUAUCCAACAUGAAUCCAGCUUCCGUUUACAUAUUCAAUAUACACGCUACUGACAAGCAGGGCAAGCCGUUCAACGCUUCAGCAUCAAUUAAAGUGAGGCUUUCAAAGACCCAGUACACAACUGUUAAAGAUUUAAGUGUCUCGAAAGUGAAUGGCAGCGCAAUCAAGGUGAGCUGGAGCAAACCAGUUCCUGCCGAUAAAUUCAAAGACGAG